AUGGCCGGGGCCCCUGACCUGGCCACCAUCGCCAGCCGGUACCAAGCGGAAAAGAACAAGCGGCUGCGCCCAGACGGAGAUGCCCAGUACCUCGAACUCGGCCUUUCCCCCUCGUCGAGCCGCCUCGCCGGCCUGGCCCAGGACCCCUGGGCCGACCACGACGCCCUCGACGCCCGCCCCCCGGGCCUCGCCGACGGCGACGACGUCCGGGUCCUGGUCCUCGGCGCCGGCUACGGCGGCCUCGUCCACGCCGUCCGCAUUGUCGAGGCCGGCUUCGCGCCCGCCGACGUGCGCAUCGUCGACCCGGCCGGCGGCUUCGGCGGCACCUGGUACUGGAACCGCUACCCGGGGCUCAUGUGCGACGUCGAGAGCGCCAUGUACAUGCCGCUGCUCGAGGAGACGGGCCAUGUGCCGGCGCACCGCUUCUCCUACGGGCCCGAGCUGCGGCGCCACGCCGAGGCCGUUGCCGCCCGCUGGCGCCUCGCCGACCAGGCCGUCUUCCGCACCCGCGCCCGCUCCCUCGCCUGGGACCACGACGCCGGCCGCUGGAGCGUUGUCCUGCGCCAGGUUCGCGGCCGGAGCGGUCGCGAAGUCGACGUGGCGGUGCGCGCCCAGUUCGUCGUCCUCGCCGGCGGCGUCCUCAACCACCCCAAGGCGCCCCAGGUGCCCGGCAUCGACGACUUUGCCGGCCCCAUGAUGCACACGGGCCGCUGGGACUACGCCGUCAGCGGCGGCUCGCCCGACGACUGGACCCUCGCGGGCCUCGCGGGCAAGCGCGUCGGCGUCGUCGGCACCGGCGCCACGGCCGUGCAGCUGGUCCCGGAGCUGGCCAAGUGGGCGGGCCGCCUCGUCGUCUUCCAGCGCACGCCGUCGGCCGUCGACGAGCGCGGCCAGCGCGAGACGGACACGGAGGCCUGGCGGGCCAUGACGGCGCGUCCGGGCUGGCAAAAGGCACGCAUCGACAACUGGAACGGGCUGAUCAGCGGGUACCCCAUCGACGAGAACUUGCGCGUGCCCGAUGUCGUGGCCGAGGCGCACGCCCCUCGCAUGGAGCGCCUGCGCACGAGGGUGGACCAGGUCGUCACCAAGGACCGGGCGGCGGCCGAGGCGCUCAAGGCGUGGUAUCCGUCGUGGUGCAAGCGGCCGUGCUUCCACGACGACUAUCUCGAGGCCUUUAACCUGGACCACGUCAGCCUCGUCGACACGUCGGCCGCCAAGGGCAUCGAGCGCUUCACCCGCGCGGGCAUCGUGGCCGCGGGCCGCGAGUACGAGCUCGACAUCAUCGUCCUGGCCACGGGCUUCCGCUCCCCGGCCGUCGCCAUGGUCGAGCCCAGCAGCCGGUCCAACACGACCGUCACGGGCCGGGGCGGCGUCGAGCUCGCCCGCAAGUGGCACGACGACGGCGCCAGCACCCUCCACGGCAUGCUGACGCACGGCUUCCCCAACCUCAUCCUCACGGGGCCGGCGCAGGCCGGCGCCUCGGGGAACUACGCCGGCGUCCAGGACGUGCUGGCCCGCCACGCGGCCCACGUCUUGUCCGAGGCCGUUGCGCGCGCAGAGAGAGACGGCGUGGACGGCGGCCGCGUCACCGUCGAGGCGACGGAGCAGGCCGAGGCCGACUGGACGGCGCGGAUUGUGAGGCGGGCGACGUGGAUGGCGCCCGUUGCCGUCUGCGGACCUGGCUAUAUCAACAACGAGAGCGACGCGGCGCACCGCUCGCCCGACGAGGCUGCCAAGGGGGCGCGUGCGUCGCCGUAUCCGCUCGGCAUCAUCGAGUAUGAGCGUGUCUUGGAGCGCUGGCGGCGCGAGGGGAGCAUGCAGGGUUUGACUGUGGGCUCGUCGGGGGGCGGCUGUGGUUGA